CUGGAGUCUGGUCUGCAUCACACACACACGCCACUAUUUUCUGGGGGCGGGGAAAAAACCUUUCCUUUCCUCUUCCCCCUCUUUGCACAGUUGUCACCAAUGUGAGUUUAGCAAACCUCCUCCCCCAUCCAGUAUCAAAAGAAGGGGAGGAGUUAAAAGAUAUUUGUGUUCUCCUGAAUUGUGCGCGUGUGUGGUGUUGCAAAAAAAGGGGGGGGGGUUGGUAUUCAUUAAAAGGAAAGGGGAAAUUCCACGCUCACACUCAAGACGAUGUCCGUGGCUUUUGCUACUCCGCGGCAGCGCGGGAAAGGUGAAAUUACACCUGCCGCCAUUCAGAAGGAACUGGAGCUGAAAUGUACAGUUGAACUCGUGAAGCUCUCUAGCAACAGACCAUCUGUGGAGGGACUACUCAGUAGGUCAAGCAGCAUGUGUGGUACCUCAUACUUGAUUACUGGAUGAAAACAACCAGCUUAUCCAAUGUAUCAUGGACUUUCAGAGCAAAGGGAAAUCUGCUGAAUGUUCUCAGUACCAGCAAAUGCUUCACAGAAACUUGGUCUACUUGGCAACAAUAGCGGAUUCCAAUCAGAAUAUGCAGUCGCUGUUGCCAGCUCCUCCAUCACAGACCAUGCCAAUGGGACCAGGAUCAAUGAACCAGACUGGAAUGAACCAGCUUCCCCAUACACACAACAUGUCAGCAGAGGGCAUGGGUGGAGGGGGUGUCCCUGCGCCUCACAUGCAGAAUCAGAUGAAUGGGCAGAUGCCUGGUUCUAACCACAUGCCAGUUCAAGGGCCGGGCCAAGCAGGUAUGGCCAAUUCCUCGGUCAACAUGCCAACGAGUAGCCACAGCUCGAUGGGAGGUUUCAGUCACUCAGUGCCAUCAUCGCAAGGGAUGCCAGUGCAGAAUCAAAUGAGCAUGAACCAAGGGCAGUCGAUGGGGAACUAUGGACCUCGACCAAACAUGAACAUGCAGCCAAGCCAAGGUCCAAUGAUGCACCAGCAGCCUCCUGCCUCACAGUUCAAUAUGCCUCAGGGAGGAGGACAACAUUAUCCGAACCAGCCCCCCAUGACCAUGAUGAAUCCUGUUAACCAGGCAAAUCACAUGAUGGGACAAAGACAGAUGCCCCCAUACAGACCAGCACAACAAGGUCCUCUCCAACAAUUUGCAGGUCAGGAGGAGUACUACAGCGAUCAGUUCAAUCAUGGACAGGGCACCCCAGAGAGCAUGAACCAGCCGUACUAUCCUGAUGGCAGUAAUGACUACAGUUACCAGCAUCCAUCGUAUCCUGAGCAGGCCUUUGAAAGGCCUUACGAGGAUCCCUUACAACAUUACUACGAAGGAGGUAACCCACAGUAUGGGCAGCAGCAAGAUGCCUACCAGCAAGGGCCACCACAGCAGCAGAGUUACCCCCAGCAGCAGUAUGCAACACAGCAAGGUUACCCUCCACAGCAGCAGGGCUACGGUCCUUCACAAGGAGCUCCUGGCCAGUACGCCAGCUAUCCCCAGGGUCAGGGGCAGCAGUAUGGAGGGUACAGACCACCUCAACCUGGUCCACCGCAGCAGCAGCAGCGACCCUAUGGAUAUGAUCAGAACCUUCAAUGAACCAGCCACCAAGCUAUGGAAAAGAACUUCUCCAAAGAUUGUGGCUCCUACUGGUGUGCACCAGUCACAAAUGACUCCAUUACCAACCUUUUAAAUAAUGGUGAGGAAGACAGAAACAUUGGCUUGCUUGGACCCUGAAGGAAUAGUAUCUUUGGUUGUUCUCCACCAGUUUGUGAGCUAGAAGAAACCGAAACUUUUCUCCCUUCCCACAAAUGUGUACUGUUUUCUGACAGUUAUUCAGUCCUCUGUGCAAUGUUGCAAGAGUGCACAGAAGCAAAGUUUCAAGAACAUCGGGAAUAAUUUAAGGAAAGUAGACAAAAUGUCUUCUUGCAUUUGCUAUCGAUGUAUUGUGAGUGUUGGAAGACUAGCUCUCCUGUGAGCUUGUCCUGUUCAUCCGUGGCUGCCAACUGGAUCUGUUCCUGCUGGAGAGCUGCUGGACCUAGGUUUGCUAAGCUUUCAAUCUGCUCCAUCCCCCAGGUACUGCAAACUUCCCACUGGCCCGUCCUCCUCAUGACCGCACUGGGAUUGUAUCUAAGGAGCUGAAAUACUGAAAAGUCAUCAGUUGAAGAUGUACUUCUGCUAAGCUAGAUAGUUCCAGAGAAGAUGACAUACAAUGCUUGGGGGUCCAAAUGCAAAAAAAAAUUGAGGAUGUAGGACAAGAUUUUACUGAGUAUUAUUGGCAAAGCUAUAAAGGUCAUUUUCCAAAGUCAAACUAAGUGACUCCCAUGCCUAAAGGGGAGUGUGCUCAACUGUAUUUUCCAUUAUUUAUAUCAAAAGUUUUUUUUAAAUAACAGUAUUGCUUAAAACCCUUUGUUUCUCACUCUUUAGGGAAAGUUGCAUUUUUUUUUCAGACGGCUAUUUCUUAAACCAUUAAUGUAAGUCAAACUUCUGCUGUGAAGAGGAAAGGAGCACUGCAGCUUGUUAGAUGCACUGAAUGAUAUCCCCAACCUCACUCCCAUUUUUCUCCUUGCUGUUAGUAUGAGCCCGAUGUCUGAUUUACAGACCUUACUGGCAUUUGAUUUUGAAUUAUCAGUUCCUCUACUAAACUCCAAAUAGCGAGCGUGCAUUCUCUAGAAGCACAUCGUCCCUGACAUCUGCAGCAUAACUUUGUUGGCUUUUGUGUUACAAGAGGUGACUGGGAACCUUUUCCCUUUCGUACCAUAGAGGAGUCUCACUGAGAUGCGACAAAACAGCUUUCUUCAGAAUUUGCUUUGCUCUCUGGUAGUCCUUAGCAAUAGGAGUUCCAAAUCUUUUAAAAGAAGAAGUCUUGUUAUAGUGAUGUUUUGUUGUGCUAAUCUUGUUUCCAGAAUGCACGUAUCACUGGCUAGUACAAAUCUUACUACCUUCCCACAUUGGCUCUCAGUCAGGUGUGGUUCUUCUGAUCCGAAGGUGACUUUGCCCCAUGUUCCAUGGUCUGUCUGACUACUUAAGGCAGGGUGAAGUACUGUGGCUUCCAAACUGGCUCCCAGCUGACUCUUGCCAUUUUCUGUUCAGUCACUCAGACUGCCGGUGUUUGGUGAGCACAGCUGUUCAUUGCGGCAGUGGCUUUUGACAAGGACACAGUGUGCCAAGUUACACCAGUCCCUUUUAAAAGCGUGCAGACUCGGGACCAAUGAAAUGAAUGCAGGAACUGAUGGAAACCCUCAGUAAUCAGGCAAUGAAUGGGGUGCGAGAAUCAUUUCAGGUCAUUGGCUCUCAGCCAGAGAUUAUCCACCUAAAAUGUUAAUCACAGUAGCCGCCUGGCCCACUGGCCAUUUUCUUCUGGAGGACAUUGUAAUAACCUUAUAAUUAGGUGCAGUUUGUCUGGCCUUAGUUCUGCAACACCUCAAUCCCUGCUUCAGCCAUCCCUGAGUUUUUUUAUUUCCAUUAUGUUGAACUAGCUCGAUCCUGUUCUCCAACUUCUUUCUCCACCCCACAGCUCCUCUGUCCAAUUGCAACACUCUGCUAUCCGCUCCCCUUGGCUGCUUCCAGCCUAUAGGCUGUAAUAAGAUCUCUAACUUUGGUGUUUUCCCACGCAGAAGGAUCACUGUGUCAUUCUAGCAAAGGAAGUCAUUCUACCCAUUGAAUACAUUCUGGCUGUUGGUCAGGCAAUCCAUCAGUCAUUUUCCCUGUAACUCUGUGGCUUAUUAUUUCUCUCCUGAAGGAUCUGAUUUCCACAGUCAACAGGUCCCACAUCUUGUAAACCUUUUCCUUGCAUCCCUGUAUCUCUCAUUCAAGAUGCUAAGCCUAUUGCCCCUGCCCACUCCAUGGUUGGGAACAGCUUCCCUCUCACUGCUUUCUCUAAGCCUCUUGUGUCCUAUCUGACUUUUCCCAAACCUAAAAUUUACUUUCAGAACAAUCAAAGCCCACAUACGAGGGGUCACACAUGUCUACAUUUGUCCUAUAUCAUGUUGAGAUGCAAAUUCUACCAGCAGAAUGGGCAAUUAAUAUUCUGUUAAUCACACAUGAAAUUAUGAUUUUUAAAGUAAAAAGGUAGUGUUAGUAAUGAUAACUGUAUAACUAUCUGAUUAUUUGAAGAUAAAAUGGGUGUGAUGCAUGAAACUCCACCAGGGAAGGCAGUUAGAUGGGACAGCUAACUACCUUCCCAUGUCUGACUCGCAGUCAGCUUUGUUUACAUCCACCCAUUCACGUCAAUCUUAUUUUAUUGUCCCUACCGCUCCUCCCAGAUUCUAUCAUCUACCCACACUGCAAAAACAAUUUACAAUGGCAAUUAACCCGCCAAUCUGCAGGUCUUUUGACAUGGGGGGGGUGGGGGAACCAGAGCACCCAGAGGAAACACAUGGGGUCACAGGAAGAACCCCCCAGAGUCAUCUCCCACAGUCAGUUGCUGAAGUUGUGAGAUCACUGCUGUACCCGCUGUGCUGUAGAGUUCGAGUCCAGUCCUACUGGUGAGCUGUUUGCUUCUGAAAAGGCUGUCGAGACACCAUUUCACCAUCUUCUGAAAGAUGGGGGUGAAGCAACAGGCCUUGGUCUUACCAAUGUCACCCUGGUCAAGAGAAUUUAAAAAAUUUGCAAAUAAGGGAUGAUUUCCAACAAUGUUAAGGAAGGCUUUCAUUUUUGCUGCAGUGGCAAAUUUCCAGCAGCUCAGUCAGUCUCCACUAAGAGAGAAAUAUUGUUCAUGCUUUUCAUUGUUGAUUGUUCAUUUAAUAUGACCUUUUUGUUUUGAGCUUUCAGAACCUUGUAAGUUCCUUGAAACAGUUGAGUCAGUGUAGUGACUUAGAAUUGUGGUCAUUGUUGUAACAUAGGGGAACAGGGCAGCCUCUGUGCACAACAAGAUCCCUUGAGCAACCAUAUGAUAAUGACUGGGUUGACCUCAGACAUGUUGAUUUGAGAGAUGACUGUAGGAAUAGCCCGUCCUUGAAAUGCUGGGCUGGAAUCUAUUCUGUACACGAGCAGAUGAGAGCCUCUAUGUAAUGUCUGAUCUGGGAGGUGGUAGCUCUAACGUUGCAGCGCUCUCUUGAGUAUCAUAAUUUCACCUUCCUUUGUCCUCAUUUUUCUGGAGCUGAUGCUUCUGAAGAUAUUGAACAGAAAGAGACCGUUCAGCCCAUCAACUGAGGUAAUUACUACUCCGUGACCUGAUUCCAAUGAUACAUCUUUUCCUUGCACUCCUUAGUAAACAAAACAUUUCCCAGUCUCUGUUCUGGAAUUGACAAUUAACCCAACGUUUGCCAGAGGGUUCCAAAUUUCCCCCACUCAUUGCAUGGAGGUGCGACUCCCACCUGAAACCCUUGCUCAACUCUUUUUCGGCUCUUCCCAGAUACCCAAACAGUGGAAGCAGUUUAAUUUGGAAGAAGCCCACCACAGAGCAUUACAUCCUAAUCAGUGACUUCAUGGCGCUUUCAGCAACAGUUACUAGUAUCCCAUAUGCUGGUGGUCGUCUUUGUACAAAUUCGAGUAUUACCUUGGAUUCUUCAUCCAAAACUAUUUGCAAACCUGACAGUUAACCUUAUUCCUAGGACAGCAUGCAAGAAGGCAUUGAUUAGAAUAAAAUGUGCAGCUCUUAUCUUGCUGUAAAAGUGUUAAUCAAUAAGGUAAUUCAUUGCAUACUUAUCAGUAUUGAUUGUUAAUGUGACACAUAACCUCACUUUGUAUAACGUCCAUUUGGUAGUUGAAUUGUACAUGUUUACAGUAAAUGUGUUCACUUAUUAUUCUGCAUAUUUUCCUCUUUGGACAAUUACAUGCAAGGCAUUGCACUUUUGUAACAGUGUGUUGAAUAU